AGAUCUGUUUUCUACAGCUCCACACUGACGCUCAGGGUGCCUGCAAGCACUUCUACACAUCAUAAACAUUCCGACACAGCUGACAGGACAACUCCACCUGCUCUGCUGAUCAGCUGCGACGCAAGUUCUGACUUUUCUUCAUUUUUGAUUGGGGGAAAUGAAACUUGAGGUUUUCUCCGCGCACCACUUUGUGAAGAAGCCACUGGAGCUGUGCAUGGAGCCAGAAGGAGGGCUUCCCUCUCCUCUGUCCGGAGACGAGCUGGGCUCCGACGGGGACUGCGUGGCCAACAGCCCGGCACCUGUCACUCAAAGCAGCGAGGGCGGCAAAGGGAAACCCUACACCCGCAGACCAAAGCCCCCUUACUCCUACAUCGCCCUCAUCGCCAUGGCCAUCCGGGAGUCCAGCAGCGGUCGCCUGACACUGGCAGAGAUCAACGACUAUCUGAUGAAGAAGUUCCCGUUCUUCCGCGGCAGCUACACGGGCUGGAGGAACUCCGUGCGUCACAACCUGUCACUCAACGACUGCUUCCUCAAAGUCCUCCGGGACCCCUCCCGGCCCUGGGGCAAGGACAACUACUGGAUGCUGAACCCGCACAGCGAGUACACCUUCGCUGAUGGGGUGUUCCGGCGCAGGAGGAAGCGCAUCGCCAAGAAGGGUCCUAAAGAGCAGGAGAGCCCGGACAUGCUGAGUGGGAACACCCGGCUCCCCGCCCCUGAGGAGAGAGUGGGGGUCAAGUUCUCCAGCUCCUUCGCCAUCGACAGCAUCCUCAGCACGCCGUUCAAAAGGAGAGAGGAGCACCACCCUGACGCACAGAACCCCACCCCACGGAUGUACUGGCCCCCAGGGGCCCACACACUGCCUUACGCUCUGAACUAUUCGGUCCAGCAUACGUAUCUUUCCGAGGCGGCGUACAGCAGAACCGAGCCCGGUAGGGAUCCGUACCUGCAGGCAACAGCCGCUGGCAGGGCCGCACCUGACGCCGCCUUCAAGGUGCCCAGCAGAGCCCGAGGCUUCCACAUAGACUCCCUGCUGUCAUAAAAACACAUAGACUGCUCCUAGAUGGGCGUUCCCAUCGCCCCCAGCGCUUUACUUAUUUAACUGUACGGGACUCAUAGUGACCAAACUACUGUAGAGUCGAAAGCAAACGCUUUGUGUUGUCAACAUAGAUCUGGUGACAAACUAAAAACAUUGUCAUCAGGUUUUUCUUUUGUGUGUGUGAGUGUGUGCGCGUGUUAGUUGUGUUUGUCAUCAUGUAUUCACGGUUCGUUGGUCAUUUCCUUAGUUUCUUAAAAAAUAAAUCUGUCGCUUUAUUUAUAUUUUCAUGUUUUGUAUGAACUGCUGUAAUGUAUAAUAUGUAUAAUAUAUUAAAUAUUGACGACGCCGCAUUUAUGCGGCUGCACGAGAAAAUGCAUGGAAACAUGAAAAGGUUUUCCAAAGGCUGAUUGAUUGGACGGUUGAUUGAUAGAUGCAUGCUUGGUAUUUUUAUGAAUAAAAAACAUGAAACAAUGGGA